AUGGCCUCCUCCUCCACACCACCACCCCCUCUCCUUUACUCAUGCAUCGCCUAUGAUUCCACCAUCCUCACCGAGCACACUUCGCCGUCCGCCCCCUCCACAACAUCCGAUAUCGCCAGUCUCCUCCUUCCCAAGAUCUCCCAUUCUUCCCCGCAGAAGCUUACGUAUACCCAUGGACCCCACCAAAUCCACUACAUCGCUUCCGCUCCCUCGGAACACUUGUCCGGAAGCCGGUCUGCCGGGCAGUUGACCUACCUCACCAUCGCCCCCGCCGAUUUUGGCCGUCGCAUCCCCUUCGGCUUCCUCGUCGCCCUCCAGCAACGGUUUCUCCAACAGUACCCUGCCGCCUCCACCGACUUCUCGACGCUUCCCGCAUAUGGCUGCGCUGCGUUCAACUCCGAGCUGAAAGGCCUGAUGAGUCGGAUGGGCUCGGAGGACGGCCAGAACGAUGCCAUCCGAACCGCUCAACGCGAGAUCGAAGGCGUGAGAGAGAUCAUGACGGAGAAUAUUGAACGGGUGCUAGAACGAGGGGAAAGGAUGGACCUGCUGGUCGAUAAGACUGAUCGACUAGGCGGAAGUGCGCGCGACUUCCGGGUGCGGAGUACGGGCCUGAGCAGGAGGAUGUGGUGGAAGAACGUUCGCUUGAUGGCGUUGUUGACUGUGGUAGUCAUCUUUUUGAUCUACCUAUUCGUCGGGUUUGGAUGUGGCCUUCCAGGUAAGUGA